CCCUCUCCUUUCUAAUGACGACGUACAGAGUUUGCUUCUGUUUCCGGCGACGGUUCCAGCCGGCGUCGAACGAACCGCCGGAGAGGGUGAAGGAGGUGUUCCGGAAGUACUCGGAGGGCGGGGUGAUGGGGGUGGAGCAGCUGCAGCGGUUUUUGGUGGAGGUCCAGGGGGAGGCCCAGGCCAUCAGGGAGGACGCGCAGGCCGUGAUCGACGGCAUGAGGGAGUUCAAGCACCUCAGAGUUUUCCAGAAGAAGGGGCUCUCCCUCGAAGCCUUCUUCCGCUAUCUCACCGGCAACGACAACUCUGCCCUCUCCCAUUCUCUUGGAGUUCACCGAGAUAUGAGUGCUCCCUUGUCACACUAUUUCAUAUAUACAGGCCAUAACUCCUAUUUAACAGGAAACCAACUCAGUAGCGAAUGCAGUGAUGUCCCUAUAAUAAAAGCACUGCAAAGAGGAGUGAGAGUAAUUGAAUUGGACAUAUGGCCAAAUUCUACGAAAGAUGAUGUGGAAGUGCGUCAUGGGGGGACACUGACCACUCCUGUAGAACUUCUUAAAUGUUUGGAGUCCAUUAAAGAGCAUGCCUUUAGCGCAUCUCCAUACCCGGUCAUAAUUACUCUUGAAGAUCAUUUAACUCCAUAUCUUCAGGCUAAAGUGGCUGAGAUGAUAACUCAGACUUAUGGAGAAAUGCUGUUUACUACAAAAUCAGAAUUUUUGGAAGAAUUCCCUUCACCUGAAGCAUUGAAGAUGAAAAUUAUAAUAUCAACCAAACCACCAAAAGAAUAUCUUGAAUCCAAGACCAUCAGAGAACAAGACCAAGCAGUACAAAAGGUAGCUGAAGAUGAAGCAUGGGGUAUGGAAGUCCCAGAUCUUAAAGCUGAAAUGAGUGCUAUAAGUAAGACUGAGCAUGAACAUGGUGAACACCACCAUGAAGAAGAAGAUCCUGAUGAAGGUGAUAAAAAACCGCAUGAGAUAAUUGCACCUGAGUACAAACGUUUAAUAGCAAUUGCUGCCAGGAAGGGAAAGGGAGAACUAGCUGAUACAUUUAAGAUUGAUCCUGAUAAAGUGACUCGUCUUAGCUUAAGUGAGAUAUUGUUUCAAAAGGCUGUAACGUCUCAUGGAACUGAAAUUGUCAGGUUCACUCAAAAGAAUCUAUUGAGGAUUUACCCAAAAGGUACACGUAUCACCUCCUCUAAUUACAGCCCAAUGCUUUGUUGGAUGUAUGGAGCUCAGAUGGUUGCAUUAAAUAUGCAGGGGUAUGGGAGGGCACUCUGGUUGGUACAUGGGAUGUUUAGAGCUAAUGGAGGGUGUGGUUAUGUAAAGAAACCAGAUUUUCUGUUGGAUAAUGAUCCAGAUAAUGUAUUCAAUCCUAAAGUCACAUUGCCAGUUAAGAAAACAUUGAAGGUGAGGGUAUAUAUGGGAGAUGGAUGGCGCUUUGAUUUUCAUCUCACACACUUCGAUACAUACUCACCACCUGACUUCUACACAAGGGUUGGCAUUGCUGGAGUCCCAGCUGAUACAACAAUGAAAAGAACAAAAGCAAUUGAGGACAACUGGACACCAGUUUGGGAUGAAGAGUUUGAAUUCCCCUUGACUGUUCCAGAACUGGCUUUGCUUCGAAUCGAAGUUCAUGAGUAUGAUAUGUCUGAGAAGGAUGACUUUGCUGGCCAGACUUGUUUACCUGUGUGGGAGUUGAGGCCAGGGAUUCGGUCUGUCCCGCUCUGUGAUCGCAAGGGAGAGACUUUGAAGUCUGUAAAACUACUAAUGCAUUUCGAAUUCAUUUGAGAUCCCUGCAGAUUCUUGUAGCUGUGUUAACAAAGACUGAUGUGUACAUAUGAUUGAAAGGCUUUCGACCUCCUGUUCUUAUAUUUGAACUAUUAUACUACUUAUUCCU